AUGAAGUCUGUGCCGAAGCGCAAUACGAAACCAAAAGCCUCAUCGAGUUCACUAGACCAAAAAACUAAGCACCCAGGUACCGAUGAUAUUAUGUCGAAUGAGUCGAGCGCAUCAACUAGGCACAGAAUGGUGGAGAAGGCAGACCAGCCCAUGAAACAGACGGCUGAAAGUGACACUAAACGAAACCCUCGGAAGGCAAAAUCUGCACAGUAUGAGAUUCCGCCGUACGACAAAAAACAGAUGAGUUUAUCGAGAACGGCUCAGAGGAGUGAAGGACAUAGUGACAGUAUGGUUAAACCCGCUUUGGAUACAAUGAAGAGUAAAAGUACUCUAGAAACAGAGAAUUCGACUCCUGCAAAAGAGAUGCGGACGCCAACAGGUACUAAGAAGGAUGAAGUCUCCCUCGUACCUUGGGGCAUAGACAUGUCGGGGAUGCUGAAUGACUUCAGAGAUAUCUGGGCUUCGCCAUCCGAAUUUAUAGUAGAGAAUCUGAUGGUGGGCAAAGGAACCAGUGCUAUAGAGAGCGAUGAGGAUGAAGGGGCUGGCAGCAGUAAAGAUAAGAGAGAAAGUAGGCAGCUGGUGACCAAACAAGCUCUCACCACGCCGAUUAAGAGGUUGGGGCGCGACUCCGUACUCUUGGAGAGAGAAAAGAAGGCUAUGCCGUGGGAUGGUAUAGAAUCGGACAGUGAGAUGGAUGGUGUGGAAUCGGGCGGGCAGAUAAGCGGCCAAUAUCAACCCACGCAGGUAAACAAGGAUGGUGAUGAUUCAUAUUCUACGAAUGGUAGUACUCGACCAAGGUCAUCCAAAGAAUAUUCGAGACUGAAAAAGACAGCUAAAGAUCAUAUAGAUGGCAACGAUAGCGAGGUCGGUAAGGAAGAAACGUACCGUAUCCGUGACGGAGGAUUAUUGAGCGCAGAACAGGGCGAAAAUGUGUACACGCACGGGCUCAAACAGGAGAGCGCAUCGGAUCUAUCAGGUAUGAACACAUUCAUGAAUGGUCUAUACAUGGUCUCCAAGUACAUACUAGACGAUGAGGACGAUUCCAGCAAUGGUCUGCCUCGGCAUGAUACACACGCACUUAAGCGGGAAAGAGUACGGUCUACUGAUGAGAGCUCCUCUGUAGUAAAUAGUAAGCAACCUCUAGGUAAACGCUCAGGUAGCAUACACACUGUGGGGGUGGAGAAGUCUGUGAGCGAGGGCUUUGAUCCGCUGGGGGCUACUGUAGCUGGCCCUAGUACCGAACUUCCUAGUAGUAGUAGUAAUUAUGAUGGACUAAGCACGUGGAGAAAUCGGGUAAAGACUACUAGCAAGAGUUGUGAAACUGAAGCUGACGGAGAUCAGUUAGACUCUAACCCUAGAGCCACAGGACAGAGUGCCUGGGCCAAACGACAGGCACAAAAGCAUGGCGCAGAUAGUAGCGGUGCACGACGUGCAACAAGAACAACUAGCAGAUCAUCGGAGAAAAAGGUUGGACCGCGGAUAGGAGGAAAUACAGAUAGAAGGGGGCUCCACAAUGAGCAGUUGGCACAGAAGAAUAUGGAGUCUGACGUAGGGUUUUACGACCAGGUGAGACUGAGACCUGAUAUAGAACGGAAGAAACCCAAAGAAAACGGUACCAAGGGAGUGUUGGUGCAGCAGCCUGAACACGCGCAGAUACAGACCUUCAUGCUGGAAAAUGUGUACCGAGGGGAUGGAAUCAAACCGCGCCGCACCGGGGAAGUGAUUGGGACGAAACGUGGCCGGGAGAUCUACACAGAGGUGGCUGCAAGGCGUGGUGGAGGCCAUGCUACUAAACCCGGGACUAACACGGUAAGCGUGGGCGUGGACGAUCGCGAAAGUGAAAGUGAAAGUGAAAGUGGGUCAAACAGGGAUGAGGACAGACAGGACCAAGGAAGUGUGGUGCAAGUGGUUGGUGCUUUGGCCUCCAUACUGAGUCCAAUCGAUUGGUUUGCUUAG